ACGUCUGGUCUUCUUACUUGGGUAGCACUUUCGGACAGACCAAGCCAUGUCCUUUUUCACGCGGCCCACGCAGCCCACCGAGGACGCCAGAAAGAACCUCCCUGAGUCUCAAGGUCUGUGUCGUUACCCGUUCAGCACCCAGGAGGCCGAAACGCUGUCGCCACACACGAUCUCUCUCUCUGGCGCGCGCAACCGAAAUGUCUGGGAGGGAAACACAGGCUCCCGAAACCACAUUUCCCGUGGCAUCCGGACGCAGCAGCCAAACGAUCGUGCACAGCAGGCUCACACAGCAGCGGACAUUGUCUCAUUCUUGCCGGCAUCGAGCUUCAAUCCGCUGGCUGAACCCUUCGUCCCGGGAGCGUCUCGUAUGCACACUUUGGCCGCGACACCGGUGCCACAGCCAUCUGUACAGCAGACUUCUGCGGCCACGGACACCUCUCUUGUGAUCAGAUAUGACUGGCUUCCAAGCCUGCGACUGGGAUUAGCGGCCGUCCACCCGGAGUCACGGAGAGUCCUUGCACAGUCUAUCGUCAGACUAAAGCCGUGGGCCCGGGACCCUGUCCGCGUAGCCAUAUUGUCCGCCAAGAUAGCAAAGUGCGUCAUCGAGGGUCACUACCCCAGCAUGAUGACAGUCGCGCAGUUCUCAAGCGAGCUUCACCAGCUUUUCCGGCAGGAGGAAGGUGGCCAGCUCGCGACGUAUUUCAGACGCUGCCUUGAGCUCUACCUCUGCCGCUGCUUCGCCGAGUACUGCUAUCCACUCUGUCAGCAGCCUCAUGAGAUAUACUCCAUGCGGGCGGCGGUUCGGUCUCGUGAUGGUGAGGUGACACGCAGUAGAAUCGAGUCAGCGCUGGCGCUGGCGGCGUACGUCGGCGGGCUCUUCGCACAGGAUAUGAUCUCGGGCAGUCUCGCCCUCACUUGUCUCAAUGCGCUGGUCUCGCAGCCGUACGUCCUGGAGCACUUGCAGGCGAUACACGCGCUCCUCUCACACGCUGGUCAGAAGCUGUGCAAGGCCGGCUCCCCAGAUUAUUGGGACAGUAUCUCGAGUGUGGUGCGAUGGCGGGCGACUCGGCUCCUGAACGAUGCGAGUAUGGCUAACGCAUCCUGUAUUGGUCGCUGGUUCUGCCAAGUAUGCCCGAGGCACGGUGUGUAA